UCCAAAGGAAUAUUUCCCAUAUAUACACUAUAAAAAUCAAAUUGGAUAAUCCCCAUCAAUUAUGAUUUCCUUAUUUAUUGUUGACUAUAGACAUAUAAAAAUAAAUUGUGAAUAAACUAUACCAACAAAAAAAAAAUGGUGUGAACAUAAAAUUAUGUAAAAAGAGGUUUUCAAAAAAAGAAAAAAAAAAAUAUCUAAAAAGUGUUUCAAGGUUUAUCACAAGCCACAUCAUAAAAAGGCAAAUCAAAUUACAACUUUACACAUCACUACUCUUAUAAAUACUCAUCAUAUAAUUAAUCUAAUUACAAUUUGCAAAUCAUUUACAAAAAUAAGUGACACAUACAUGAAAAGAACGAGUAAAACCAUGUCACUCCCUACAUUUUUCAACCCCAAAUUUCUUAUAAUUUUCACCAUCAAAAUCUACAUUCUUAGCUCAACAAUUUCUAAUGCACUUCCAACAUCAUCUUCUCUUUCAAAUGUCCAAUUCGAGGCCGAAAAUUCGCAUAAUAAUGAGCAUGAAAUACCCCUUUUUCGAAAACUUAAUAGACGACAUUUGAUUGAUUGUCUUUCUUCUAACCCUUAUCUUCAAAUUAGUGUCAAUACUUCUUCACGUCUCUCUAAUGAGCAAUACAUCAAUGUCACCGUCUCCGGUAUAUCGCGACCGUCCGAUAAGUAUUGGGUUGCCAUGGUUUCUCCUUCUCAUUCUAGUGUGAAAUACUGCCCUCUUAACACUUUGUUGUAUAAACAAACGGGGGAUUUGAGUAAUCUUCCUCUUCUUUGCCAUUAUCCUGUCAAGGCGGCAUUUCUGAAAAAUGAUCCAGAUUUCUUAACCUGCAAAAAGAGUGAAUGCAAGAAACAAGGAGCUAAUGGAAGCUGCAGUACCAAAACUUGCACCUCAUCAAUUAUAUUUCAUGUCAUCAACAUACGAACAGACAUCGAAUUUGUGCUCUUUGACAACGGCUUUAAUGCACCUUGCAUCUUAAAGAGAACUACACCUCUUCCAUUUGCUACUCCUAAUAAGCCCCUCUAUGGACAUAUUUCAAGCGUGAACUCAGCAGCUACCUCGAUGAGAGUAACAUGGGUGAGUGGAAGUAUGGAAUCUCAACAAGUUCAAUAUGGUAAUGGCAAAUCAGUAACAUCAAAUGUUUCAACAUUUACACAAGAUGAUAUGUGUGGUGGCAUUGUGAAGAGUCCUGCAGAGGAUUUUGGAUGGCAUGAUCCAGGUUAUAUACAUACAGCUGUUAUAACAGGACUUCAGGCUUCUGCAAAAUUUUCCUACAAAUAUGGAAGUGGUGCAGUUGGAUGGAGUGAUGAGGUCCAAUUUAGAACACCGCCUGCAGGAGGAUCAGAUGAACUGAUGUUUUUAGCUUUUGGUGAUAUGGGAAAAGCUCCUCGAGAUUCUACAGUAGAGCAUUAUAUUCAGCCAGGAUCACUCUCAGUGGUGGAUGCAAUGGCAGAGGAAGUUGCUACAGGCAAAGUGGACUCCAUCUUUCACAUAGGUGACAUCAGUUAUGCCACAGGUUUCUUAGUCGAGUGGGACUACUUUCUUCACCUCAUCACACCCUUAGCAUCUCGAGUAUCUUACAUGACCGCAAUUGGGAACCAUGAAAGGGACUAUGCUGAUUCAGGAUCAGUGUACCCAACACCAGACUCCGGUGGAGAAUGUGGUGUUCCUUACGAGAGUUACUUCCAAAUGCCAACCUCAUUAAAAGAUAAGCCUUGGUACUCCAUUGAACAAGGUCCUGUUCACUUCACUGUCAUCUCAACCGAGCAUAAGUGGACGCCAGGUUCUGAACAGUACAAUUGGAUGAAAUCAGAUAUGGCUUCAGUUAACAGGACAAGAACUCCUUGGCUAAUAUUUAAUGGGCACAGGCCAAUGUACACUUCUGCAAAAUCGGCUCUAGUCAGUGUUGAUCUGUUAUUUGUUACUUUUGUUGAGCCAUUACUACUCCAAAACAAGGUUGAUUUGGUGUUAUUCGGGCAUGUUCACAACUAUGAGAGGACUUGUGCAUUGUAUAAAGGCAAAUGCAAAGCCAAACCUGUGAAAGAUGCAAAUGGAGUAGACACUUUUAAUAACUCAAACUAUGCUGCUCCUGUUCAAGCUGUUAUUGGGAUGGCAGGGUUCACUUUGGAUGAAUUCUCACCUAUAGCACCAGAUUGGAGUUUAAAGAGGAUUAGCAAGUUCGGUUAUUCAAGAAUACAUGCAAAAAGGGAAGAAUUGAAUUUUGAGUUUGUGGACUCAAAUACAAGGCAAAUCGAGGAUUCAUUUCGGAUCAUAAAGAAGUAAACUUAAUUAAGGAAGGGAAGUUUUUGCACUUGUUUCAUUUCAAACCAACCCAUACAAUAGAACUAGAUCAAAGCUAAUCAAGGAAAGAGAGUGUGUCCCCAUCAUGUUUCAUUUCAAGUCCCGAAGAAGAAGAGUAGAUCAAGGAUAGUUUUUUAAACAAACUAGCUAGUUUCGUAUAGAAUCAUAUAUAGUGUCUGAAAUUUCAACACAUACAAUAGUACAUUCUUGUAAUUCAUUCAAAAAUUAAAUUGGGCACUUUGUAUGAUAUGAAAUGUGUACAAUAUCAUAAGAAAUUGAUAGGAAAAGGAUGGUUGGAAUUAUAUAAAGUUAUGUGAAUUUUUGUA